AUGGUCCAGCGGAUAUUCCGGAAUUUGCUUCGGUUUCCAAUACGUUCGUGUGUACGGUCAGUGCAGACUGACACAUGGUCGUUAACAGAAGUGCUGAAAGAACUCAAUCCAAGAAAAACCUCUUAUCAGUUCCUGGCAGCUGCAAGGCGAGUCGUGGAAGCUUAUGGGACAAACCAAGAAGAUGAGAAGAAGGAAAUAUUGCUCAAGGUGGCGAAUAACUGUGGUCCAGAAUUGUCAGCUCUUGACAACGCUAUUCAUCUCUACAAAAAGAAUCCGGGUUUAGUUCAUGAGGUUCGUGAUGCUGCUACACCAGUUCAUUUUCGACUUCUACAAUCGAUCGGGAACCUUCCUGACGGAAUAAAAACUGUAUGCGAUAUGAGGGCCCAUUUACUGCACCUGAUGAAGUCUGAAGCUGACAAAUCUGUCGCUGCCGCUUUUCGACGCUUGGAAAGAUCUGCUCAUGAGCUUCUCGAACUUUGGUUUUGUCAAAGUAAUUUGAAAGUUGAAAGGUUGACGUGGCAAUCACCAGGAGAUAUUCUUCACAAGGUCGUAGAUUAUGAAGCGGUUCACCCUGUCCAAGGCAUGACGGAUUUUAAAAGGCGUGUUGGAUCUCACAGAAGAUGCUUUUACUUUUCUCAUGAAGCGAUGCCAAGGGAACCUUUGGUAAUUGUCCACGUUGCUCUUCUGAAUGAGAUUGCGGACAACGUGCAGAGCAUUAUGCAGUGUGAACAUCUUGACGUUCCUGAAGAAAAUUGUGACACUGCCAUUUACUACUCAAUAACAUCCACAGAACCAGGAUUGAAAGGUAUUGAUCUUGGUAACAUGUUGAUCAAGAGAGUCGCUACAAGACUUCAAAGUGAGCUCCCAUCAAUACAUACUCAUUCCACACUGUCGCCUAUUCCGGGAUUCCGUGCAUGGAUGCUUCGAAGCCUACACGGGAACUCAUUUUUUGGAUCAGUCGUCGAUGACGAGGUCCUAGCUAAAAUCUCCCAGUUCUCAGGAAAGCAGGCCACAAGUGAAGAGGCAACUCAGUUCCUUCUUGAAAUGUUAACGGAUGUGAAACCAUCAAAGUUGGAACCAUUGAAGGAUGUUCUGCUUCACUGUUGCGCACAUUAUCUCACAUCAAGACGGCCGAAUGGAUUGGUAUUAAAUCCUGUCGCUAAUUUUCACCUGAGAAACGGUGCCGAACUCUAUCGGUUGAAUUGGAUGGGCGACACUAGCGCUCGAGGCAUGGAAAAUAGUCUUGGGAUCAUGGUGAACUAUAGGUAUCGACUUGAGAAUGUUCUGGAGAACAGUGUUCGUUAUACCCUCAACAAACGUAUUGCUGCUCACGAAAAUGUUCUUUCAUUGAUGUAG